UUCCAAAUUACGAGUGUCUGUAGAAAGGAAUGUCCCUGCAAUGGAGAGAGCAUCAAGACAGGCAAGAAUUACAAAAGAAUCCACCAAGAAUUGGAAGUACAGCGCCCCUGGUCAGACCUUGCAUAUCUCUGAAUAUGGUCCUUUUAUGGCAAGGACUUCCCCAAAAACUCCCCUCCCGGAAUAUAAGCUAAAGCUAUUGAGUCCCAUGGUGUUGGAUUUAUCCAGCAAAAGGAAUCCGGUAAAUAUGAGAAAGUCCAAAGCAAGUGUAGCCAGCGAAAAGUCACCAAAGAAUACAGAACAGUCCAGGUCAAAGUUGGAUAUGUUCAAGGUGUAUCCGCUGGUCGAUUCAAUCUUUAGCGAUUUGAUAGAAAGACACGGGCGACUUGUCAAAGGCGGCCGCAGAACGGGAAACAUGAUGAACCAGCUGAGAUCGCGUUACAUUCAGCAAAUGCAGCGAGUUCUGCUCAAUGCAGUGGGAAUGGGGGAGGUGGAAAACCCCACAAGACUGUCGAAUGCCGCCUACCUCAUGCACAGAGAGCACUUCAAACAGCAAGUGGGAUGGCUAGCCGCGACGGUGGUGGGCCUGAAGGUGCAGCGGCUCAGGGAACUAAUGCUGCAAAUGAGAAAGCCCCCGGGCAAGGAGGAUCGCAAGAUGCUGGACGAUUACGGGGACGACAGCCAGCCCUCCAACGCCUUGUGGAGGCUCUUUAACAAGGAGAUGCCCGAGGAUCAGAGAACGGAUCUAGUGAAUAUCAUGGAGAACAACUUCGCAAGCCUCUUAGAUCAGCUGGAUCUGAGCGAAGACGUGUCGAGAGCCUCUGUCCAGGAACCGCUGCUUGAGUUAAAAACCCAAAUAACCGUCGAGAACAUGGAAACCAGUCGUGCCAAAUGGGUGCAGUACUUUGCGAAUCGCGAGAGGACGCCUUUUGAGCAGAAAUUGUCAGCUCUCCACCUGCAGCGAAAGGAGGCCCUGAUUUCGCAGAAGCUUGAGCUCAAGCGAAACAAGAUGGAAAGGCGGCAGCAGUUGCUCCACCACCGACCCCUCACCGAACUGUACACUAAUCCUCGGCUCACCCAUCGUAUGCGUCAGGUGCUCGCGGAACGGGCAGCCCAUGCCCGUGGCCAGGCCACACAGACGACUUCAUGUCAUGCUCAUCCGGAGGCCAGUAAUCAAAAGCCGCAGACUUCCCCGAAACGCUUGCGCAUGACCGAUGUUGUGCUGAAGACCAUGGGUGAUCGAGAUAGCUGCUGCAAGUGCCACUUGUUGCCAUCAUGCUCGACAGAUUAUUCGGCGAAUUAUAAAAAAGAAAACCGUUCCGAUUAAUUUAGGAUUGCAAUUG